GAUUAUUUAAAUCUGAUACUUUUUUAGAUGGAGAAUUCGAAGGUUUUUAAAGUAUGGAACUCUGAUCAUUCGGAAGGGCGAAUGUUAGCAGCUUGUAAAUUUCAAGAAUUAAAGAACAAAGUAAUCGCCAAAUUUGAAUUAGGUGAAGAAAAUACAUGUCGGCUGGUGUUGAGGGAUGGCUGUAUUAUUGAUGAUGAGGAUGUUUUUCAGGCAUUAGACAGCAAUGAAUUGUUUGUCUUAAAAGAGGGUGAAGUUUUACAAAUCCCCCAACUUGGCCAAUCAUCAUCUUCUCCAUCAGCAGGGCCAGAAGCAGGUAUGCCUUCAUCAAAGAGCGAGCAGUUGACUGAGCUUGUAAAGAGACUCCGCUCCAAGCAGACAAAU